AUGAGAGAGAGAGGUUUCAUGUUUUGGUAUCAUUCUCGUCCCCUUGACCUCUCCCAAUUUUGGCGUAUCUCUGAAUUCAUUAAUAUUUCAGCGAAGGCUUAUUCAGAUGGCCUGGCCUCUGAUUUCGGUCGAACAUGCUGUUUGGGUGUGAGCGCUUCAGGCUAUUAUCAUUUUGUUUUGUGCAAACGGAGAUCCAACACUAGAAAUAUUCUUGAUAUGGUCAAGGCCUUCAACUUACCCAUAUGUAGCUUUAGGUUCAAGUUGGGAAUGGACCAAUACUCGUUUCAAUACCAUGAUUACUUUAGUGGCCUUGUUCAAAAAAGAUAGUAGAAAGAUAGUAUCAAGCACCAAGAUACUGCAUCCUGCCACUGU